AUGGAGUUCCGACCCUCUCCGCCACCAGAAGAUCCCACCAGCUGCUUUCCAUCUGAUCCUGUCUCUGCAAUCAUCCUGUUUGGUUUUCCCAUCUUCAUCUCCUGCCACCUAAACGCUCACCUGGACCGACUUGCCUCUGGAACACGCCACGCCACCACUACACAGACCCCUGGAGCCCAUUCUCUGAUUUCCCUCAUUUCUGUCAAGAGUCACUGUGAAGUCAUGGCCUCAGCUCUGAAGUCCAACCCCUCCCGUCUGACAGACCUGGACCUGAGUGGAAACUUCAACCUGCCAGAUUCACUACUGAAGCAGCUUUCUGCUAGACUUCAGAGUCCAAACUGUAAACUGAAGACUCUCAGACUUUCUAACUGUGGACUCUCAGCAAGACACUGUGAAAUCGUUGCCUCAGCUCUGAAGUCUGACUCCUCCUAUCUGACUGAACUGGACCUGAGCUUUAACAUCCUGCAGGAUUCAGGAGUGAAGCAUCUUUCUGCUGGACUGCAGAGUCCAAACUGUAAACUGGAGACUCUCAGAUUGGAGCGCUGCUUUUUUUCAGAGAUCAGCUGUGAUUCUCUGGUCUCAGCUCUGAAGUCCAACCCCUCCCAUCUGAAACAUUUGGACCUGAGUCAGAACAACCUGCAGGAUUCAGGAAUGAAGCAUCUGUGUGGUUUUCUGGAGAGUCCACACUGCAGCCUGCAGACUCUGAGAUUGUGGCGCUGCAAUUUGUCAGAGAUCAGCUGUGAUUCUCUGGUCUCAGCUCUGAAGUCCAACCCCUCCCAUCUGGAACAUCUGGACCUGAGAGGAAAUUACCUGCAGGAUUCAAAUAUGAAACAGCUGUAUGAUCUUGUGGAGAGUCCACACUGCUGCCUGCAGACUGUGAGCUGGAAGUUGUGAUGAUCAGAACGGUCUUUGUGCUGAGAGGAUGAACUGUGUCCUGAUGAUCCACAGAGGUUGAAGCAGCAGCAGUUUGUGUGAAGAGAUUCUGACUGGGCCUUGAUACUGGGAGGUGGACUGGGAACCAGUGUAAAGUGUGUUGUUAUCACUGUAUAGUUUAGUGUUACAGCUCCACAGUGUGAAUGAUGGAGAAGUGCAGUUAAUGUUGACAAGUGGAGGUUAGUGUCAGACUGCAGAGGGCAGCCUGCAUGUGCAGAGUGUGCAGGAAGUUUCAGGAUGUUUCCGUCAAUGCAGGAUUAUAUUUCAGUUCACUUUCUAUUUCUAGCUGCAGUCAAAGUUGUUGAGCUUCUCUACCUGCAACACUUUGAACUGAUGUGAACAAAGCAUCCUGGAAACAUGUCGU